UCCGUUGCUCUUCCGUGCCGAUUGAGGAAGAUGGAGGCCGGUGCUUCGUCCUCUGGAGGCACCGCCGCUCUCGUUACAGAGGCUCAGUUUACUCAGCUUUUCAGAAAACUCUUGAAGAAAGAAGGGAUUUUGAACUCCCAUUAUCGAGUGCAAAAACUUCCUGAUGGGACCACAGCGUUGCCUAUACUUGGUCAAAGCUUCACAGCGCAGCAUCUACAACAGCUGAAAGAGAGCAUACCACAUGGAAAGGCCUGCGCUCUGACAUGGAUGCAUAAUCCUAUUCCUUCGAAAGCAGUUAUGAUACGUUCACCCAUUCAGAAAUUGCACAGUGAGCUGCAACACCUCAUGUCAACCCAUGGUGUUCCAUGGUCAGAAGAGCUGGAGAAAGAUCUGCCACGGUCCUGGCAGAGGCAUGGGGACCUCGUUCUUCUAAGCGAGGAUUGCUUUAGAGCAAAGCAGUGGAGAGAAUUGGGCCAAAGACUUUGGCAGGUGGUUGCUGAUGCUUUGGGGGCCCGGCGUUUAGCCAAACGGGGCCGAGUGCAACCAGAUUUCUUUCGUUCUCCUGCUGUGACCCUGUUACUGGGCGAGGAUGGUUGGGUUGAACAGGUGGACAAUGGAAUCAGAUACAGCUUUGAUGUGACCCAGUGCAUGCUGUCUCCCGGAAACAUUACCGAAAAGUUACGGAUAGCCUCCAUGUUAUGCACAGGAGAAGUAGUGGUGGAUCUUUAUGCUGGGAUUGGCUAUUUCACUCUGCCAUACUUAAUUCACGCCGGUGCUGCUUUUGUCCACGCUUGUGAGUGGAACCCCCAUGCUGUGGAAGCUCUACAGAAGAACCUGCAACUGAACGGCGUCCAGGAUCGAUGCCACGUUCACCAGGGGGAUAAUAGGAAGGUGGAGCUACGGGAUGUGGCUGACAGAGUAAAUCUGGGAUUGAUCCCGACGUCGGAGGAAGGAUGGCCAGUUGCUUGCCAGGUCUUGAGAAAGGAUGUCGGAGGGGUCCUUCACAUACACCAAAACGUGGAGGCUUUCCCCGGAAAGGCACUCAAGGUGUCCCAGCAACCAGAGGAGAAUCAGUCACCCAAGCAGGGUCACACCCAAGCAAUAUCCCAUGGCCAAGAAGACCGAGUAGCUCUGAAGGACCAUGAUGUUCUCCAGAAGGUUGGACAAUCAUUCACGGCUUCAGCCAAACAAGAAUGGCAGGGCUGGGCAGCGGUAACGGCGACACGGAUCCAGAAUUUGCUUCAGGACCUGGAUAGGAAACCUUGGAAAACCCAAAUCUUGCAUCUUGAACAUGUGAAAUCGUACGCCCCUCAUGUAGACCAUCUAGUCUUGGAUCUAGAUUGCCGGCCACUUAAGUAGCAUAGGGAGAAUGUCUCCCCUCCGUUUCAGGGGAUCUUGGAAGAAGCAGGGCAUGAGUACCGCAUUCUGGAUCUUCUUCACGAGCUGCUCCCCACUUUUUGGGAACCUGAAGUUGAUUAUUGUGGCCCUCCAGCUGCCAGUGGAGCUGGAGCUGGCAGCAGACUCGGAUGAGGAGGAGGUUGAGGAAGAACCUGGGCCAGUUCUGGAGUCUGGGGAAGGCUCUAAUGGAUGCUCAGCGUCAGACACAGAGAUAGAGUCAGGGCCGUCCGGCAUUUCCCAGCCAGAGAGGCAGCUACCUUUGGAGUCAGAGAUGAGUUAGGAGGAGGAACAGCUGGGGCCUGUUCCAGAUAUACGUAUCUGCAGAGUAAUUAGGAGAGGUGAACAACAGAGGACAAUGAGCUGGCUCGGGAAGCAAAAUAAACGUGGACGCUGACUGGGAAUAAACAGAAGGAAAGGGGAGGGGUGGUUGUGGGAGACAACAGUUCAUAUUUCUGGAAAGUUUGCUCCUUGUGUGUUUCCCGCGACAAAGACCGCCUUGCCAGAACUGAGGUUUGUCUGUUUCUCUGACUUAAUUUCCAGCCUGGGAGCUCACAGCCUUACAUUUAUCAUAAGGAGCUGAUAAGGACUAUUGUUUCAGUCAACUUCUUGGCUGGAUUUUCGGUUGGUAAAUGCAGUUAAUUCCCAAUGUGUAAAUAAAGAGGGGUUUUUCUUUG